CAUAGGUAUCAACGCACUUCUUGUUCACCAUGAGUGCAUUCGGUGCGAAGCGGAAACCGCGCAUAAUACAGACCCUUGAUGAUGAUGAGGUGGACAAGGGGCUUUCGCUCGGCAUAGAAGAAGAGCAGAAGCAAGAACAGCCCCAAGGCCCCAUAAAGUUUGGGCGCCGGCCGAUCAAGUCCUCCUCGCUACGGAAGAGCAUCAACUUCAACGAUGACGACGCGGACGCGGACGGCGAAGGCGGCGCACCGGCCUCCGAUGCGGCGGCGGCCGGUAGAGAAGACACUGGAGUCCCGAUUGUAAUACGACCAUCGAUCGCGCGAUCCGGCUCGAUGAGGCAAAAGAAGAAGUCGUCCUCAUCAAGGCUCUCCUUCGGGCCGGGGGAGAGCACCGACGACGAUGUCGGGGCGGCGCCCACGCCGAAGAAGACGACGCUGGGGAAGAAGGCCCUCGAGAACAACGCCAUCAAGAAGUCGUCGUCGCUGCAGAACCUCCCGACCCGAUUCCUGGGGGGCGAAGAAGACCGCCCCCGGUACAGCAAGGAGUACCUCGACGAGCUGCAGAGCUCCACGCCCAACACCCCGGACAACCUCGCCUCCCUGCGCAUCGCCGACGACGAAGAAGACGUCGAGAUGUCCCUCGACCCCUCCGAACUCGACGGCGCGACGGUCGUCCAGUCCAGCAGCACCGACGCCGUCGCGGUGGCCCCCUCCCGGCAGCCCGCCGCCACGGUCCUGACGGAGGGCCAGAUCCGCGAGAAGAAGGAGCGGCGGGCGCGGCUGGCGCGCGAGGCCGACUUCAUAUCGCUCGACGACGGCGACGACGACGGAGACAACGAAGACGGGUCGGACGCGGAGACGGGAGCCACCACCGUGUCGGUGCAGUUCAGCAAGAAGAAGGCCGAGUCGCGGCUCAUGGCCGAGGACGAGGACCUGGGCGAGGGGUACGACGAGUUCGUCGAGGACGGCGGGCUGUCGGUGGGGCGGCAGGCGGAGCGCGAGGCGCGGCGGCGGCAGAGGCGCGAGAUGGCGGAGCUGAUCCACGCGGCCGAGGAGGGGUCCGACGCCGAGAGCGACGGCAGCGAGGCCGAGCGGCGGGCGGCGUACGAAGCGGCGCAGCGGAGGGCGGGGAUGGAUGGGCUGCGGAGGGCGGACGAUGACGAUGACGGCGGGGAUGGCGUCAACGUCAUACCUAGGAUGAGGCCGCUGCCGGACCUGGAGGACUGUCUUCUGCGCAUGAGGGGCCUUGUGCAGGGCCUCGAGGACGAGGUGACGCGGAAGAGGGCCCGGAUCGCGGAGAUGAGGAAGGAGAAGGAGGAGAUACUCCGGCGCGAGAGGGAGGUGCAGGAGGUCCUCGACCGCGCCGGCGCCAAGUACCAGUCCCUGGCUGGGGCGCCUGCGUCGGAUGUGGCGAGGAUGGCUACCCAGUCCCCCCUCCGGCCGAUACCGCCCGGGUUGGCGGGCGACUUGCCUGUCGAGAGAGGCCUGGAGAGCUUUGGGACGACUCCGACGAGGCGGCUCGAUGACGAGGAGAUGGGUUGAGGGGACCAUCCGGGAUGGCUUUGUACGGGAUGUAGAUCGUGCACGAUAGUGUAGGAAUAUAUAUGCCAUGAUGAGUGGUAUGAAUGCGACAUUGCAGUGUCACUGGGAUGCCAAGCCUUCAGAGAGAAGGGACAAGUUUGUCUACCUAAAUCUGGUGAUGUGCUGCCGAUGGGACGCCAUAUAGAAAUACAACAUUACUGAU